CAAAGACUCCUCAGCAAACCCCUAAACCCUCGUUUUCUCCCUCUGCAGCUGACCAGGGUUCCAACCGACCAUGGCCGGUGACGAUGGCCUGACGGCCCUCCACGAGCAGGCAGCCCUGGCCUCCUCCGCCGCCGUCUCGGCCUCCGACCUCGAGUUCGCCUUCCAACUCCAGGUCUCGGAGGCCAUCCAAGCAUCUCUUCGCGCCAACAGUAACCCCUCCUCCUCUUCCAGCUCAGCCGCCGCAGCGGCUGUCGCCUCCUCCCUAUUUCAGUACGCCCCUGUGGUCGAGCCAUCGGACGUCGCAUACGCCCUAGCGGUCCACGCCGCCGACCUCGCUCGCGCCGAGGAGGACCGCCUGGAGGCCCAGGGUCUCCUCGCGGCCCACGCCCAAGCGGCCGCCACCGUCCGCAUCGCCGCCCACGACGCCGUCUUCGCGCGCGAGCUCGCCUCCAUUCCAGAGGACCAGUGGGCUCGUGAUGGCGACAACAUCGAGCGCCCCCUCGACCCGACCAAACCCCUCUUCCGCGUCUUCUUCAAGGGCUUGUCGAGCAAGGGGGUGGUGGGGCCGCGGGACCGGGACCCGGGCGUCGCGGUGCUCGCCGUGGCCCUGGCCGAUCAACAAGGAAAUGUGGUGCUCAGGAUACAGAAGCCGGUGGAAGCAUCCGUGGGUGGGCGCAUGACGCUCGAGGUAAUGGCGCUCACCGUAGGCCUGGAGGCGGCUUUUGGGUUGGGGAUCCAAAGCAUCAAGAUUGUCACAGAUUACAGGGUGCUGUACAACCAUUUGCUUGGAAUUUGGCGGCCAACACAGAAGAAGCUUGCAGAUAUGAUAGAUCAGGUCCUGUCAGUGCGAAAGAAAUUUAAGCAAUGUGAAGUAUUAUUUGUCGAACGAAGGCAGAUUGAUUAUGUGAUGAAACUAGCCAGAGAAUCAGUAGAGUCUCAGCUUGCCAAAGCUAUUACUGUGCAUGCUGGCAUGGACAUGAGAGAGAAUUGCGCCAUCUGCCUUGAAGACACUGAUGUUUCUAAAAUUCAUGCAGUCGAAGGUUGUGCACAUCGCUUCUGCUUCUCCUGCAUGAAGGAGCAUGUGAAAGUUAAGCUACUCCACGGAAUGCUCCCAGCUUGCCCCCAAGAUGGUUGCACUAAGCAGCUGACUGUCGAGGGUUCAAAGGUAUUCCUGUCACCGCGACUCUUAGGGAUCAUGGUGCAACGUAUCAGGGAAGCACAAAUCCCUCCCGCUCAAAAGAUUUAUUGUCCAUACCCCAAGUGUUCAGCCUUAAUGUCGUUGAGUGAUGUGAUACAGCCAAUGCAAGAAUCUUGCUCAAAGUACACUGUUGCUGAUUCUGCCACAUUGAGAAAGUGUGUUAAAUGCAGAGGCUCGUUCUGCAUCAGCUGUAGGGUUCCAUGGCAUGACAGGAUGACUUGCCAUGACUAUAAGAUGAUGCACCCCCAUGCUCAUUCAGGAGAUGCCAAGUUAGAGAACCUUGCAGAGCGCCGGCUAUGGCGCAAGUGUGUCAAAUGCCAGCACAUGAUUGAACUCGCAGAGGGUUGCUACCAUAUGACUUGUGUGUGCGGCUACGAAUUCUGCUACACCUGUGGGAAGGAAUGGAAGGCCAAGAAACCAACCUGCUCCUGCCCGCUGUGGGAUGAACACAAUAUAAUCCGUAAUGAUCUUAGGGCCAAUGUUGUCCGUGAAAACAUUCAGGAAUAUGAAGAUGAGUACGAUGAUGAUGAGGACGAUUACUAUGUUCAAGAAGGUGCUCACCAUAACCAGGGGUUUCAGUAAUGGAUGGGCCAUCACCAUGACCUGUUCUACCAUUAACAUCACUUGUCCACGGUCCAGAAUUCGAGUAUCAACUUGUUUUUGCAGCUAUGCAUCUGUAAUUACCUAUUCAGCUAUGUAGAUGAGCAGGGUCUCCUUUGCCGUUAGUAUGUAACCGACUGAUAUUGCUUGCUAUCGUAUGGGUGUUUUGCUUCGUUUUGUGGGACACAUGAAUGUAUUCAUCUAUCAGAACUUGAUGGAUAUAAUGUUGGGUUUAAGGCCUAAUUUAUGUCUGAGCUUGUGAA